UCCCCAUCCCCGGGCUACCGAUUACAAGUGGCAGUAGAGCACUAUUUCCUUUUCCUGUCGUCAAGUACACCGUGAGCUGAAGCCGGGGGACUUCUUCGGUAUUCUCCCCGUAAAAGAAUUCCCCUGUUGUGUCAGCUGAAGUAUAUAUGCGGUAGGAGAGGCAUCAUUUCCCCACACACCUCUCCCGUCGCUGUGGAGGACGACAACGCGCUCUAGUCCACGCUCGAGAAUCUCAAGAGUCGCGUUAAUGCUUCCUCUCGGUGGAUUCCCAAGCUCUCAAGAAACAAAUCUUCCGACUCCUGCUGCCCGCAGCGACCGACGCUACUCCCAAUAUGACGAAAAUCGGAGCUUGGAAAACCGUGAGGUGUUCGCGGUCGGUGUGUGUCGGCAUCCCUCGAGGGCAGAGCCCAGGGCUUGCGGCCAAGCACAAUGUCAGCCCUCUGAUAAAACGAGCAAAUCUGGCGGUCGUAGCUGUGACUGGAUUUCGCCCUUGUACACUCCCGGAGAAGGUGCUUCACCGUCGCAGUUGUACAGCGAUUCUAUUAACAGUUACCAGUCGCAGGCGCCUGCUGCUGCAGGCUGGCCUGCUGUGAGUCCCCCGCAUUACUCCCCAUCUCCGUGGGCGGCCGAUACGGGCUUCUCAAAGAGCGAACAGCCGGCCACGCUCUCUGGACGUAAGCUGAAGGUGUACGAGUGGCCGGAGCAGAGCGACCAGGAGCUGGAGAAGAAGAGACUUCGGGCGAUCAAGGCCGUGAGGAACCGUCGGAGGAACGCCCAACGGGUGGAGGAGCUCCAGCAGACCCUCGACAACAUGGAGGAGGAGAUCAAGAUACUACUGACUGAGAAGCACAAGCGUGAAGACUUGGUGACCCAGAUGCAAGCAAAACUUGACAUGGUGCAUCUCUCAACUGGACUCUACCUCCCUAUGAACUGCCUGCCAACCUGACAACUUCGUAGUCCUUCGGAGCUUAAACUGUUUCAUAAAUGUGAACUAAGCUGCAAUGACUGAGGAAAGAUGUACAAGUUUCGCAAGUGGACACGUAAACACUUGAUGAAUCCUCAUCCUGGACACGUAAACACUUGAUGAAUCCUCAUCCUGGAAGCCAACAGGCCUCCGGUACUCUCGGUGACGUCAGUGAGCCACCACCUUGCACACUCCUGGAGGACUUGGAAAAGAUAUAAAUAAAUAAAUUCGUAAAAAUGUUAAAACUAUCAAAUGAAACUUAAGAGCCUCGUGAACGACCUAUUACAGAGCUUUUAGUGACCAAAGUUUUGCAGAGCUUUGUUAAGUGACCAAUUACAAGCUUCGGAGAUUCGUGAGCGACCUAUUACAAGCUUCAGAGUUUCAUUAGUCACCUAUUGAUCCUGUGAACUUGUAUGAAGCAUACAACUACAAUAUACAUACAAUAUCUGGAUUCUGAGACCAAAAAAAAAUGAAUCAAGUGAUUUCUAAUAAUACACUCAGGUCUAUGUUUUGAAUAUCGUGAUUAUUAUAUUUAUAAUUUUAAGCAACAAAUGAAACAAAUAUAUAUACUGUACAUAUCUUUCCAGCAACAUAUGAACUUUUGUCA